AUGUGUGUCACGUCAUCUGUCUCUACAUCCUGCUCAUUUAGCCAGAAAUCACCCUGCUCAACAGCCAUCUUUAGCUUGCCGGCGACCAAUUUGAGUAAACCGGGUAAACCAUGGCCCAGUUCCAAACCCCUUCUCGUGGUCGCCAUUGAUAUCGGUACAACAUAUUCCGGCUACGCCUUCUCCUUCCAACACGAGUUUCUGGCUGAUAAACUCAAGAUUACAACCAACAAGGUUUGGUUAGAUGGGGACAACCACCUUCAGACCUCGUACAAAACCCCGACAUCUGUACUGUUUGACCCGGAUGGACAUUUCCACAGUUUCGGAUAUGAAGCGGAGACAAAGUACUCGCAACUCGCCAAAAACAAGGAGGAGAAAAACUGGUUGUUAUUCCGUCGAUUUAAGAUGAGCCUCUACAAAUCUGAGCAGCAAGUGGUUGACUCGGAGAUCCAAUACGUGCUGACGGUACCUGCUAUAUGGGGAGAGGAUGCCAAGCAAGGUUCAAUGAGGAAAGCCGCUCUACAGUCUGGCAUACUUGGAGAUCAACUGGCUAUUGCACUGGAACCGGAAGCGGCCUCCAUUUUCUGUCAGUCCUUGGCAGACGACAUCUCGCGGAAUGGAUCUCGAUACAUUGUUGUGGACGCGGGAGGUGGUACUGUGGACACGGACUGUGCACGAGUGAUGCUCAACGGGGAGCUCAAAGAACUACACAAAGCCAGCGGGGGAGGUUGGGGAGGCACUCAGGUAGACGACCAAUUCACCGAACUGUUGCUCAAGAUUUUUACCAAAUUCACCUUCCGGUUGCCGGCGUCCCUACGUGAAGUAUUCAGCUUUCACAGCAAGUGCUCGUUAGAGGACCAAGUGGCUGAGUCUGGGUUAUCCAAAGAUGUUAGGUUUACAGGUGACAAGAUGAGAAUCAGCGGUAAAGUGAUGCAGUCUUUGAUGAAACCAACCAUUCAGAAAAUUAUCACUCAUGUAGAAACACUAAUGGCGGAUCCCAAGUGUAGAGGAAUUUCCCACAUCUUACUGGUGGGUGGGUUUUUCCGAAUCGCCACUUCUCCAAGAGGAGUUCAGGAAGAACUUCGGUCUGUGAAUGUGGUCACUCCACUGGACGCCGUCCUGUCUGUGGUGAAAGGGGCGGUGAUAUUCGGCCAUCGGCCCGAUGCCAUUGGAAUCCGUCUGGCUGCCUUUACUUACGGGAUUCGUAGUUUAUCCACUUUUGUUGAUGGUGAAAAUGAUCUUGACAAGUUAAUUAUGAUUGAAGGUGAGAGGAAGUGCGAGGAUAUUUUUUACAGAUUUGUUUCUGUUGACGAAGAAGUGCCACACGGUAUGGAAACUAGGGAACACAUCUUUUCUCCGGCUUACUCUGGACAAACAGCAUUGGAGUUCGCCGUGUACAAAUCUACGGUGACGGAACCCAAAUAUACAACUGACCCUUCAUGUCUUAAGUUAGGUAGUUUCACUGUAGACAUGCCGGAUUUGACGGGAGACAAGAAGCGUAAAGUUGGAGUGAAGUUUAUAGUUGGCGGUACAGAGCUCAAGGUGAAGGCACACGAGAAGACGACCGGGAAGAUCUUCGACGCUAUCUUUAACUUUGUGACUAAGCGACAGGAUGAGAAUCAGUGGCAAAGUGAUGCAUGGGUUGAUGAAACCAUCUAUCCAUCCAUCAUCUUACUGGUGGGUGGGUUUUCUAAAUCGCCACUUCUCCAGGAGGAGUUCCGAGAGAACUUCCGCUCAGUGACUGUGAUCACUCCACCUGACGACGUCCUGUCUGUGGUGAAAGCGUGUGUAAGUGCUGUGCCCUUCGUCAUGCACACGUCCAGUCCAGUGGGCAGUCCUGUGCCAACGUCCCCUAACCACCUGGUGCUGCAGGUCAUCUGA